UACGUUCGUUCGCUCACUGAUUCUUGAUUCAUUUAACAAUCAACACAGUCUGCGUUUUGUGUUUUAGCGCCAUCUUCUGGUUGACUGGUCCUACUACAAGAAAAUAAACCAAUGAUGACAAACGGGUGCUUCGCAUAACACCGUGUGAAAAGAACACAUCACCUCGGUACAAGAACGGAAAGGGCACGGUUAUGGUAACGCAAGAUGGUAUUUUGCUCUAACAAACACAGUUGAGUUCAGAGCAGAAACUAGAAACUUAAGACGCAGCUCCUCCUACUUCACAUCAUUUACAACUCGCGUUGCUAAGCUCCGGCCAAUGCGACUGCACGUCACUGCACCCAUCAGAUGUGUUAUUCAUGAUGUUAUUUACCUAGAUGACGUCGAGAAGUUAUUCGGCACUUUAAUUUCGUUGUUUCAAGAGUCCCGUUGCUCGGGGUGAGUGACAGCUAAAGUGGACCAUAAUGUCAAAGUCAGAUCUCCCUCCAAGUUAUGAAGAGUCCAGGCAGCAAUCAAAUGGCCAACAGCAACACGGAAACUACCCAUACCCUCCCUAUGGAUAUCCAACCCAGCCAGGGGUGAACACGGGCCCGGGACAGCCUGGCAUACAGCCUCAGGCUGGACUGUGGCAAGGUCCAGGAUAUUCCUCAUCAGCAAUGCCAACUGUCAUGCCCUCUUUCAUAACACCAGGAAUGUUUUCAUCCAACCCCAGAGAUGCAGAGGAGGUUUCAUCAGCUGGCGUAUGGGACAGCAUGAGGGUUCGACAUGCAUUUAUCAGAAAGGUUUAUCUUAUUUUAGCUGCUCAACUCUCAAUCACUGUUUCAAUCAUUGCAGUGUUUGUAUUUGUUGAACCUGUGCGUCUUUUUGUGAUCCAAAAUCCUGCCAUUUAUUGGGUGUCAUUCCCUGUGUAUCUUAUUACUUAUCUUGUGCUCGUUUGCUGUGAAGGACCAAGGAGACGUCACCCAUGGAAUUUAAUACUCCUCCUUGUUUUUACCCUUGCCUUAUCCUACAUGGCAGGAACAAUAUCAAGUUUCUUUGACACCAAAGCAGUGGUCCUGGCUCUUGGGAUAACAGCAAUAGUGUGUGUAGUCGUCACAAUCUUCAGUUUUCAGACGAAAGUGGAUUUUACCUCAUGUACUGGUCUGCUUUGUGCUCUGUGUGUGGUUCUCCUGGUGACAGGCAUUAUAACAUCCAUUGUACUUUGCUUUAAAUAUGUACCUUGGCUACACAUGCUGUAUGGUGCUUGCGGGGCGAUAGUAUUCACAUUGUUUUUGGCUUAUCACACUCAGCUGCUCCUCGGAAAUCGAGCACACACCAUCAGUCCUGAGGAAUAUGUGUUUGGAGCUCUUUCCCUCUAUGUUGACAUCGUUCAGAUCUUUAUCUUUCUCCUUUCCGUCACAGGAAGUUCAGAGUAAACACUGGAGGUUUUUUUAUUGAAAAUUCAGCUUUUUGAUUUGUUCCUUCAUAAUUUCUGUAAAAUGGUGUUCAGAUCCAGUCAUUACAAUGUGUUGUGUGUUGUUUUUAUGUUCAAGUUGAUUGUCACUUUGUUCAUUUGCCUUAUAUUUAAAAUGCACUUUAUUUUAUUUUUUCACCUCUCACAAACUUCAUUUGCAAUGAGGAAACUAACAUAAACGUGUUUACUAAUACACCUGUGAUUUUGUAAUGUAGCUAUUGAUAUUGUGUUAACCUAACAGGAAAUAAAAAUA